AUGAUCGCUCAGCGGAUGCAACGUCCCUAUUUGCGCCUCUGGCUGGGCUUUCUCGGCACUUUGACACACAUCCGACAUCUACGGUUCAUGGCUGACAAGCAGCUCGGAUGUGCCUGCUGGCACCCCCGGCUGCUGUUCUCCCUGGCUGCGAAGUAUCUCUGGUGCCCCGUUCACUACCGUCAGCUUCUCUUGUCCAAGAUUCAUGGAGAUAUCAGGCGAGGCCGGCUGGUGCUCAUGAUGAUCGCUCAGCAGAUCCAACGCCCCAUUUUGCACAUCUGA